AUGGAUCUAACUAAUUCGAGGAGAGAUUUAGACACUGAUACAUUUAGAAAUGAUGAACCAGGAUACGAUAGAGCACGUAUGAGAAGACAGUCAGGAGGCUUUGUAGAUUUAGGAAAUGAGUCACAAUAUGGUACCGGCGGACAUCAAGCUUCAGGAGCGAAUGAAAUAUUCGCUGAUAUUCAGGGGGAUGUACCAUGGUGGAAAUCAAAUUUUUUUAUAUCGCAGCCAGUUCUUUUUGGUACUUGGGAUGGAGUAUUUACAUCUUGUCUGAUCAAUAUUUUCGGGGUAAUUGUAUUUUUAAGGUCUGGUUGGAUGGUGGGCCAAGCAGGCUUAGUUAAUGCAAUAUUAAUAGUGAUAUUUACAGUAUUUGUAGCACUGAUCUCAGUAUUAUCAGCAGUUGGUAUUUGUGAAAGAUGUAGAAUAGAAAGUGGUGGUGUUUAUUUUUUACUUGGACACACUCUAGGAUCCAGAAUGGGAGGAACGUUAGGAAUGGUGUAUUGUUUUGGACAGGCUGUAGGUUGUGCCCUCAAUGUAUUUGGUUUUGGAGAAUCUAUGGCAAAUUUGAUUGGCUCAGAUAAUACAUGGGCAGCUAGAGGUUUUGCAAUAGCCGCUGUGCUUCUAUUAGGAGUUAUUAAUGUGGCUGGAGUAAAAUGGGUUAUAAAACUGCAAUUUGUUUUGCUAUUAAUAAUUUUAUUAGCUGCACUAGAUUUCUUUGUGGGUUCCCUUACUACAAUUCCAACUGCUGAAUUCAAAGGUUGGCUAGGUGGAACAAUAGCCAAUAAUACUUGGGCAAACUAUCAAGAUGGCUACACAUGGUUUAAAUGUUUUGGUGUAUUCUUCCCCACAAUUACUGGUAUUUUGGCAGGAAUUAAUAUGAGUGGAGAUUUAAGAAAUCCAUCCAUCAAUAUUCCAAAUGGUUCAUUGGCAGCUAUUAGUACUGGAACAUUCCUUUAUCUAAUGUUUGUUAUAACAUUAGCAGCCACUGUAACACGAGAAGCGCUACUUAAAAAUUUUUCAAUAACAGCAGAUAUAUCAGCCGUCACAAUUUUACUCCUUGCUGGAUUAUAUGUCAGUUCUAUGAGUUCAUGUCUAGGUGCAAUGUACGGGACACCCAGAGUUCUGCAGAGUAUUGCAAACGAAAAAGUCAUACCUGGAUUAGAUGUACUUGGACAUGGGAGAGGCCCAAAUAAGGUGCCUGUUUAUUCUAUGAUUGUAGUUGCUGUAGUAACUGUAACAUUCAUCAUUAUUGGUGAUAUUAAUAAACUCGCACCCAUUGUCACCAUGCCUUUUCUUAUUACUUAUGCUAGUAUUGAUUAUUCUUAUUUUGCUCUCGCCCAAACAUUUGAUUUGCAACACAAGCGCGAAAUGAGAUUUCAAGGUCACAUGCAAAGAGACACCCAAGUCUAUGGAGCAACAGGCAGUGAUCUCGAUCUGUUGUUUCCUGAAAGAAUACGGCACAAGAACGUCGGCGAUUUUACGCCGUCUCCUACUGACUCGGCGAUAAUGAAUGGACGUAUGACCAAUGGUGAUGCAAAUAGGCCGAGUGUAAAUGUGCACUCAAAAAACAAGAAUUGGUAUUCGCAUCUUUGUAAUCGUUGGCUGUCUCUUGCAGGGGUGGCGAUUAAAAUUUUGUUAAUGUUUUUGGUACACUGGGUAUAUGCCCUUGGGUGCCUUUCCAUUUUGUGGCUUUUAUGGCUAUACAUUGGUGCUGCCAAUCCAGCAGUAAAGCCCGGCAGGGCAUCAGAUUUCCGAUUUUUCCACUGGUUGAAAAUAUCGUUUUUACAGGCCAUUGGAAAACGGCCGUUGGAAUAUGAGCAACUAGUGGUGACACCAGUUCAUGCAGACAUAUCCGUCGAACAGGAGAGGCUUAAUGACGACAACGAAGACUUUGCCUCGCGCCGUCGCUACCACCAAUCUACCGCUCUUCAAAGUCAUCUCGUUAGCGUCGAGACA